AUGCCACCUCGCAAGGAACCUAAGGAGAAUGUGGUCUAUGCCGCAUCGAAACGCAAAGCACCGCCGUUCAAACCACACCGGCCGUCGCAAGUACCGCGAAUACCGACGACUGAAUCUGAGGCCUCUACAGCGUCAAGACCGGCUGUGCGGCCAGCGCUUGCGAAGAGGAAGCUUUCAGUACGAGAUGACAGCGAGGAUGAGAGUGCUCAGGCGGAUGCAAUCGACGAUGACGACUCCGACGAAGAGCUAGCCGACAACCCUCUGACAGCCCGACCACGACCGGCUGCGCCAGCGAAGAAGCCACCAGCUAAGCGCAACCCACCCCGACAGCCCUCACCCGUGGCCAUCUCAGACGGCGAUGACGAUGACGCCUUCUCCCCCUUACCCGACCGAGACGCAGCAGCAAGCAAUCCUCCACCCGAAGCAAGCCAGCCCGACUCCUCAGUCUCCAUCCCACAACCCCUCCUCACCCGCCUCUUGCACGAGCACUUUGCCGACAAGUCCACGCAAAUCGACAAGCAAGCUCUUCAAGUCUUCCAAAAGUACAUCGAGACGUUCGUCCAAGAGGCGAUUGCGCGAGCGGCGCUGCAGAAGCGGGCAGCGGCGGAGGCGGGGAUGAUCAGCGAGAUGGAUGCUGGAUGGUUGGAGCUCGAUGAUUUGGAGAAGGUUGCUGGGGGGUUGGUGUUGGACUUUUGA